AAGUACGAGAUGCGGCAUAUUCAAACGCGGUACGUUAUGUAUAAUUGUCGACUAAUUUUCCCCAAAUACACGAAGUAAGGGGGGAAAAUCGACAUUUCCCCUCCAUUUACGCUUUCGUCCUCUUUAUUUCUUCUUUGUUUGCCUUUAUUUCCACUUUAUUGGUUGUUUGGGGUUUAUUCUCUUCUCGAUAUUCUCACUAAGAGACGGAAUAUCCCUACCAGACUUUUCUGUUUGUCUUUUGAAAAAAAAACUGCCAACUGGACGAAAACUCAUAGGUGAAUAUAUUAACAAUUGCAUACCACAUACUUCCAAAUUUAUACAGAAGUUUAUGCUUCAAUAGUCAGUCCCAGUGAGCAUUAAUUGAUCAAAAAGAACACUCAAGCUAAUCAUUUCCAGGAUCAAAUCUCACUCCCUGAUGCUCGUUCUGUUUCCACCCCCAACCCUCUUCUGGCUUCAGCUUCCACACGUUCUCCGCGUUGAGGCUGACUCAACAUGUCAGAUGUUGUUGAGUGUUUUGUUUGCAAAAUUAUUUUUUGUGACCAGGAUGCCUAUUGGAAACAUGUCUACGAGGAAGACUGUCACAAUCCGUGUAGAACUUCAACUGCUGAUUUCAGUAAUGACAAAACUAACAUCCAAAAAUCUGUUGAAAGUCUGUCUAAAAUAAGCAAUCACUCUAGCAAACCAUCUACAAAUCAGCCUUCCAAUGUUUUGUUAAAACCAUCCUCAUCUGAUAAAGUGUGUAAUGUUAAGGCGCCACUCAAUAUAAAACCUACUAAUAAGGCUUUUUGCCAUGUUUGUCAAACUCAUAUGAGUCAUUUUGAUUUAACUCGGCACGAGACCGGUAAAAAGCAUUUGAAAAUGUUAGAAAAAGCGAACAUAUAUGCCCCCAAAUCAGUCGACAGACAUCAAGAUGCCAACUAUUCUACUCUUAAUCAUCAAGGAAAUUAUUUUAAAGACGAAAAUUAUUGUGACCGUAGUCAUAACCCCCAAAGCAUGACUUAUGAUAUACCGUCGUGUAAGACUUCAUCUUCAGAGGCUCCAGUAAAAUGUGAUGCUGAUUCGCAGUACAUUCCUAAUGUACGUUCGCUCUUAAAUUUUAAUGAGACAUCCGAGAAUAAUUCAAACAAAUCAGCUACUAAGUCUAUUUUACGCAGAUUAUGUAUGACGGAAAUUUCAUCACUCCUAAGUCAAAUGGUUGGAGAUAUGUAUAAAAAUACUCAUUUUUAUAGGCAAUUAAGAAUAAAGUGUCGGAACGACCUAAAUUCUAUCUUGUGUCCUGAGGUCCCUAUUCUGCAGAGCACAGUCAAUCAAGAACUCUCAGAAACAAAUUCUUCCGGACUAAACAGCGUUUAUCAUGAUGAAAAUACGUCGCUCAGUCAGUUACUUUUGUCUUGGGUGAAACAACUCCAUGCACUAGACAACGAUUAGUUUCAUUAAUGAAUUGUACAUUUUUUUUGAGUAUUUCAUUGCAUCUUCACAAAUAGAGACUAUUUUGAU